GCAGCGCAGGAUGAAGGAGCUGGAGAAAGAGAGGGACGGAGGAGGUGGAAGAACUAGAAGUAAGAAAGAGACGGAUCAGGUAAAGCUGGGUUCCCAAGAUCAUCAAGAAGCGAGUGUGCACCACUUUUAUUGAAGACUCUUUCAGGCUCCGCUCUCUACUGGACUCUAUGGGUACAGUGGGUGGAGUCGGAUGAAUGCACGCCCUGCCACGACACAAUAUUGACCCAACCACACUGAUCCUGACCAGCUAGAGUAAUGGAGCGUUGUGUCAGUGUGGUGGCGUGCGGGAGGGCCAUGACUCUGUGGCAACAGGGGACUUCUUUGGAGCAGCUAUUGUCACUCAGUGGGACAGCAAGCAGCACUCUUCAGAGUGUACAACCGACGCCUACGGAGAACUGGAGUUUGCCGGCGCUGGACACAGACACAGUCAUUUUCUGCGGCUGUCAUGUGACACAUCGCCUCAGAUCGUCUACACCCUGAUGACGGCUCACUGGGGCCUGCCCUCGCCCAACUUGGUGGUGUCGGUGGUGGGGGGCGAAGGCCACGAGGAUGUCAAAACCUGGGUGAGAGAUGUCCUGAGAAACGGGCUGGUUAGGGCUGCACAGAGCACAGGAGCCUGGAUCUUGACGGGGGGUCUGAGGGAAGGCGUGGCCCGCUGUGUGGGCGAGGCGGUGAGGGACCACGGGGCCGCCGCUCCGGCUCUCUCACAAAAGAAAGUGAUCGCUAUUGGGCUGGCAACCUGGGGCCUGGUGCACAACAGGCAGCAGCUUGUCAACAGCCAGGGGAGUUUCCCUGCUCGUUACUACGUCCAGAACACAUCACGCGACUCCUGCUGCCUGGACAACAACUGCCAGGCUUUCCUCCUGGUGGAUGAUGGGAGUGUCGGCCGCCGGGGGGGAGAGACGGCCUUUCGUGCUAGUCUGGAGGACUACAUUUCCCAUCAGCGCACUGGCAUUUGGGGCAGUGGCAGUAUUGAAAUCCCAGUGCUGUGCAUGCUCAUCUCAGGAGACGCCAGUAUGCUGGAGAGAUUAGAUGCCUCUCUGAGGAAAGCCACGCCCUGGCUGGUUCUUGCUGGCUCUGGUCCUGCUGCAGACCUUAUCAGUGAGGUGCUGGCCAGUCUCUCCUCCGUUUCCCUCAGUCCCACCUCUCCUACAGCAGAUGGGCAGGCUGCUGAGGCUCUCAACACAGAGCUCCGCGACAAGGUCCGGGACAAGGUUCGGAGACAUUUCCCUGCUGAAGCUGAGCUGGAGAAACUGGUGGACAGUGCUCUGAAUAUUUAUCAGAACAGAGAGUUCAUCACUGUUUUCGAUGGAGAACAGGAGGGUUCUGAUGAUUUUGAUACGGUUCUCCUCAAAUCCCUUGUUAGAGCUAGUAAACAUGUGUCCAGUGAAGCCAGAGAGUACACUGAGGAGCUGAAACUGGCCGUGGCCUGGAACCGAGUGGACAUCGCCAAAACCGAGCUCUUCAAUGGAGACAUACAAUGGAAGUAUGACGACCUUGAAGACUCCAUGACAGAUGCACUGAUCAAUGACAAGCCCCAGUUUGUGCGUCUCUUCUGCGAGAAUGGUCUGAACAUUCUGGACUACCUGACCUACGAGCGCUUGGAAAGCUUGUACCGCUCGCUGUCAGACAACUCGCUGGCCUACAUUCUACUCCAGAGGCGUCUGAGCGAGAGGCAGGGCCUGGCUGGAUCCCUGCCCAACCUGGAUGGAGCUGCGGCGGUACCUCUGAGGUGUCCUCAGAGUGCACUAACCGGAUCCGCUUCAGCAAUGGAGCUCAACCUGUAUGAGGUAUCCCGCCUGCUGUGGGACCUUUUGGGUGAUGUCUGUCAGCCUUUCUACUACGGACCUCUGGGCCUGAACCACAGCACCAGCACCAGGAGAGCUCUUAAGCAAAUCAAUAAGAUGCUGCUGGGGGAGUGCAUGUACCGGAACCAGCGCUGUCUCUCACCCUGGGCGGCCCUCUUCAUCUGGGCCGUCCUGCAGAACCGCAGUGAAAUGGCCGUUUACUUCUGGGAGAUGGCAGGGGAGUCGGUGCUGAGUGCUCUGGGUGGCUGUAAGAUACUGAGGGAGCUCUCUAAGCUGGAGAGUGAGACUGAGAACAAGCUAGCCAUGAAGGAACUGGCACAGAAGUUUGAGGACCUGGCACACGAUGUAUUCGGUGAGUGUUACCAGAACAGUGAGAGCCGCUCCUUCACCCUCCUCAUACGGAAGUCCCCAGUGUGGGGCGGAGCGACGUGUUUGCAGAUGGCCACCGCAGCUGACGCCCGCCUCUUCUUCAGCCACGAUGGUGUUCAGUCCUUGCUGUCUCAGAUCUGGUGGGGUGACAUGGAGAGAAGUACUGAGGUCUGGAAACUGGUUCUCGGCUUCUUCCUACCCCCUCUCAUCUACACAGACCUUAUCAGCUUCAGAGAACAAGAGGAGGACGAUAAGUCUGAGGUCCACCACUGCAGAGACACUGACAGUCUGGAUGGGAAUGAUGCCACCGUCUACUCCCUUGCUGACAUUAUACACAAUGAGGAAGACGCUGAAGAGUUCAGGGCUAUGAAAGAAAACCGAAAAGACUCGUCCAACUCCAAGAGACCAUUUAUUGUAUCACGGUGGAGACAGUUCUGGUUCGCCCCCGUCACCUCAUUCCUUGGCAAUGUGCUGUUGUACUUCCUGUUCCUCUGCCUGUUUGCCUAUGUUCUGUUGGUGGACUUCAAGCCCCCGCCCCCUGACGGCCCCGCCGGGCUGGAAUUUGUGCUUUACUUUUGGGUUUUCACCUUAGUGUGUGAAGAGAUUCGGCAGACCUUCUUUAUGGGCAGCACCUUUGUUCUCCAGAGGAUGAAGAAUUACAUCCAGGAUGUGUGGAACAAGUGUGAUCUCACAGCCAUCGGUCUCUUCGCUUUGGCUAUGUGCUGCAGAAUGUUUCCCUGGUCUUAUGAGUUUGGCCGAGCUCUGAUGGCCAUAGAUUUUAUGGUCUUCACGUUACGUCUGAUCCAUAUCUUUGCCAUCCACAAACAGCUUGGGCCGAAGAUCAUCAUAGUUGGCAAAAUGAUGAAGGACGUUUUCUUCUUCCUGUUUUUCCUUGCCAUUUGGCUCAUGGCUUACGGAGUGGCCAAUCAGGCCCUCCUCUACUCGUACGAUCCCCGUCCCGAUUGGAUAUUCCGCCGAGUGUUCUACAGACCAUACCUGCACAUUUUUGGACAAAUACCCAUAAAUGAAAUGGACGCUGAUAAAGUGACGGACAUAAACUGUACAAACGACGCCGCGCGCAUCGAAGCAGGAGAGGAGCCCUGUAUGAGCACCUACGCCAACUGGCUGGUUGUCAUCCUCCUUGUCAUCUACCUGCUGUUCACUAACAUAGUAUUGGUCAACCUACUCAUCGCUAUGUUCAGCUACACCUUCUCCAAAGUGCAGGAGCGCAGCGACACCUACUGGAAGUUUCAGCGUCACAACCUGAUUGUGGAGUACCACUCGAGACCCUGCCUCGCGCCGCCCUUCAUCAUCAUCUCACAUCUACAUCUUUUCGUCAAGAGAUACAUCCGCCAAAUUCCAUCGGUUAAAAGCAAACACUUUGUUCUGGAGCUGCGGGGCAGGAAGGCCAGCCGCCUCAACACAUGGGAGGCUAUCCAGAAAGAAAACCUCCUCUCAGCUCAGAAUAAGCUGCAAAGGGAGAGCGACACAGCACGACUUAAAUAUACAUCUGUCAAGGUGGACAGUGUGCUAAAGCAGAUGGCAGAGAUCCGUGACCACGACCGGAGGUUGCGGCUGCUGGAGACAGAGCUGGAGUACUGCUGCAGCGCCCUCUCCUGGAUGACAGACGCUCUGUCUCAGAGUAAUCUGAUAAAGGCUGGCCGCCCCCCUCCGCUCCUCAGAGAUCUGACUCCACUUUCUCCAAGCUGACCCCCUGAACUCCAUGAUCACACACACACACACACACACACUAUGUGUAACGCACACACACACACAGAGUUUACUCAGGGCCAUUGUGUCAAAGUGCACUGUAUUUGCUAUUCAGGUGGUCGAAAGAAUUACCAUCUCUGUAGUUUCCCUCAGAGCUUUUUAGCCUCUUUUAGCUCAUUGUUUUGAUUCUGCUUUCCAGUCUGCACCCUGUUUUUUUUAUCCACUUCAUUUAUCCAUAUUUAAAAUAAAGAUACAAGUAGGGAAAUAAAUCAACUUCGACUAAUAAAGUGCAGUAUGAAUGUGUGUUUCAAAUUAUACCUGUCAUAUAUAAUAUAUAAUAAAGGAAUAUAUAAUAUAAGUGCCAGAUAGGUCUAUUCUAAAUCUCUAAUACCAAAUUUCCAUAUUUUUUUUCCCCGUCACUUAUAUUGUUAAACACACACAAUGUGUGUGUUAUGCUUGUUAUGUAAUGUUUGUGUUAUUGUUUAUGAAUUGUACCUUGUUCUUUUUUUAUAAUCUCGUUAUUACUUGACGCUUUGGCAAUAUUGUCCCUGUCAUAUCCAUACCAAUAAAGCAUAAUGAAUUGAACUGAAUUAUAUACAGUCAAUGGUUGUGUUAUGUGUUAUGCUCCAUAGUAAGAAUCUGGAAUUAAAGCCCAUGUAGGCAUGAAUGGCA